UAACAGCAAAGACUUUCAGUUCCUAACAGACAGCUGCAACAAGGGGAAGGGAAACAAAAGAACAAAACAACCUUCCUUUUUUAUUCUGUUGUUUUUCUUCUUCACUACUUGGUCUGAAAGAAACAGCAACAGUUUGAUGCAUUAGUGGCUACAAUGGCCGAUUCCGAUAAAUUGACGGCUUUGAAGAAGGCUUAUGCCGAAAUAAUUCUGAACACGGCUAAAGAGGCGGCGGCGAGGGUAAUGGCGUCGGAAAGGAAGGCUCUCCGGUAUCAGCAGGAGCUGUUCGCGGCCAAAGAUGAGGCGUUGCGUAUGUUGCUUAAGUUGAAACAGAUGUUGGAUGCUAAGGUUAAUGAAGCAGAGAUGAUGUCCUUGAAUCAACAGAAAAGAAUUGAAGAGCUUGAAGCACAAUUGGGGGAAGCUGAGGAUAUAGUUAGAGAUCUUAGAGCAGAGCUGAGAGAAGUGCAAGAUGAGUUGGAGAAGCUGAUAAAAGAUCCAAUGCAGUGUAUGGGAGGACAAAAAUCAAAACAUGAUGUUGCUGCUGCUUUGGAGAUAUCACAGCAAAAUACAAUCAACAAUUUUGGGUCUGUCAGAUCUUCUCUACUUGAUGCACAAACUGCUUUUUUGACAGUUUCUGACAUCAAGAGUUCAUUUCUGAGCGGAACAAAUGUGGGUAAUAAGUGUUCUUGUAAGGAUAAUUGCUACGUUUGUAACCCUGAUUUUGCCUCCAUAGUGAUGAGACGAAAAGAGCCUGACCUGUAUCGAAAUGGGUGCACUCAGAGGAUUCGUGCAGUUGAAAGGUGUCUGUUGAAUGGAAAUUUAUCUCUUUCUGGGCAAGAUGAUGCAAAGAAUGAAAAUACUAGAGAAGGUGAAGAGGGGAAGGAUAUGCACACAAAACUUUCUUCAAGAGCUGACAUGUGCGGACCUGAGGAAAAAACAGAUGAGUUCAAAGUGAUGCAAAGUGAUGUUCACAGCAUUAUCCAAGUUCUUCCUGUUUGCUCUUUUCGCAGGAAAAGAAAAAGAGCUGCUAGAUAUAAGAAAAAUAAAGCUCCCUCAUCUAUGGAUAUACCUGAUCAGGUUGUAGCAACGUGUCAAGAAUCCGGUCUACUGUGCCCCGAAAGUUUCUCACAUGCUGCUGAUGAGAAUGCUCAAUUUGGGAAAGAUUCUAGGAUAAUCAAUCAUGAUGAUCAGAUGGGUCCUUAUUCUCCUUCUAUCCUUAGUUCAUCUUCAGAUGCAGCUAAAGUUGUUGCUGAAUCAAGAUCUGAAGUUGACAAGGAUGAUGUUGAGUUUAGGAAAGCUUUCGAUCUCCAGAAUGACAAAAAUGAUGAUAAAUCGCUGACAGACAAAAAAGGGUUGACAAGCCAGGACAGUGGAUCCACUGAGAAUUUAGGGGCUGCAUCUUUCAAAAUGGAUAUUGAGAUGGUUGAUGUGUCUGCAGCAAACUCGGAUGUUAAAGUGUCUGAAAUAACUGAAGGGUCUUCUACUCAACCAGUAAAUAAUAAGUUUCUCAUGUACACAUUCAAAAGAAAGCGGAAGAAGGAUUCUUUGAGCAGCCCUGACAGAGAUUGCUCACUUGAUGAAGACACUUCUAAGAUGAAGGCAGAGGUAAAACAAAAUGGUUCUCUAGACUCGGAAAAGUCCACAUUGACAACUGAAUCAUCUCGAGACACUCGGCGACUAGCACAGGUGGCUCGUCAGGGGAAUCAUCAGCAAAUUUGGGGCAUAAAUUUUAUCUCAAGUGAUUGUAUGUUUUCAGCUCAUAUCAUUAUCGGAAAAGAAGUGGCGGUAGUAGCUGCGGCUGUUUCUUGCAUUAAUACAUGGAUAUGCUGAACUGAAGCAGCAAAUUGGUCCAGUCCCUCUGAGGGUAUCUACGUUGAGCCGGUUUUUUUUUAUAAGAAGAUUGAUGGUUAAACAAGGAAGAGCUAUAGGUCUCAGAUUGAUUAAUAUGGUCGUUAUAUCCAUCAAGUUUUCAACAUUGUUGUAUGUCUUUAGUUCUGUUUUG